GCGAGGGUGUGGAGACUGAUUAUAAGCAGGGGAGGGCUGGUCAUCUCAGUUCUCUUCUCACCUCGACUGCAAGAUGAAACUCCUUGUGCUGGCCGUGCUGCUCGCAGUGGCCGCCGCCGAGAGCGGCGUCAGCCCUCGGGCCUUGUGGCAGUUCCGCAAAAUGAUCAAGUGCACGAUCCCGGGGAGUGACCCCCUGUUGGAAUACAACAACUACGGCUGCUACUGUGGCUUGGGGGGCUCAGGCACCCCUGUGGACGAAUUGGACACGUUCCUCUCCUCUUGUCCCUCUCCAGGCAAAAACAAAGAGUGUGAGGCUUUCAUUUGCAACUGCGACCGCAAUGCUGCCAUCUGCUUUUCAAAAGCUCCAUAUAACAAGGAGCACAAGAACCUGGACACCAAGAAGUAUUGUAAGACUUGAAUAUCACCUCUGAAAAGCAUCGCCUCUACCUGCUCAUUCUCACACUGUGUCCUCCAAUAAAGCACCUUGUUGAAAAAC